CAGUGCGGCCGAGAGCAGCGCAAGGUCAAGAGCAUACAACCUCUUUCGAAAACAGUCGAUCGCCAGUUCCUUUGCUGUGAUGUGAUAGGCAUUAAAUUAAAAAAAUAUAAAUUAAAUUGAAACAAAAAUAGAGCAAGACAUCCAAUUGUUGCUCAUUUAAAAAAUUUAAAAGGUGUGCACGUGCGUGUUCUAAAUUUAAAACUUCGCGCGCUGUGUCGAAAUUCCCGCGUAACAUUGUGUUCGUCAAUUUGGGGAUAUUGUAUGUGACAUUUAUUUAUAUUUUUUUAGAGAAUUAGUGAGUUUUGAUAGAAAUCAAGUUGGGGCGCUCUACAGAUCAUUCAGAGAGGGUAGCGGCGGCGCGGUUCAGCGGACGACGCGCCCGCACCAUGCUCGCUAGCAUUAAGGGCUUCUGGAAGGCGUGCCGGUAUGGGGACCUCUACAUGGUGCUGGCGGCUCUCGCUGCGCAGUCUAUCAACAUCUCGGUGGGAUUCUGCCAAGGCUUCUCAGCGGUUCUGCUGCCCCAGUACACGCAUGAAUAUCCGGCCAUCACUUAUGAGCAGAGCUCAUGGAUCGCCAGUCUCGGUGUGAUAUCAAACCCAAUCGGGGCUCUACUGGGCGGCAUGAUGGUGGACGCGGUGGGCAGACGCUUGCUCCUCCAGUCGAUAGUUCUGCCGAACCUCAUCGGCUGGAUGGUCAUCGCCUUCUCUGAGACCUAUGUCUUCUUGUGUGUCGGCAGAUUCAUCACUGGCUUUACUAUUGGUAUGUCAACAGUGUCAUACAUUUACGUAGCUGAGAUCACAACACCGGAAAAACGUGGUGUCUUGAGUGCUCUAGGCCCAGGGUUAGUCUCGACGGGAAUAUUCAUCGUAUAUUCUCUGGGAGCGUUCGUGCACUGGCGUAAAGUAGCCGCCAUUUGCGCUGGCGUAUCUCUCCUAACACCAUUCCUCAUGUACUUCGUCCCAGAAUCACCAUUAUGGCUGGCAUCCAAAGGACAGAUGAAAGAAGCUUACAAUUCAAUGUUCUGGUUGAGACAAAACAACAAUACUGCACAGCAGGAGUUAAUGGAGUUCACCAAAGACCGCAAAUCUGACGAAUCCAUGACUUUCAGACAAAAGAUGGGACUAUUUAAACGCAGAAGUGUCCUGAAGCCGUUCGCAUUACUGAUAGUAUUCUUUAUGUUCCAAGAGAUGUCUGGGAUUUACAUAAUUUUAUACUACGCUGUGGACUUCUUCAAAUCAGUCGGCACCAGUGUUAACGAGUUUACAGCUUCCAUAAUCGUGGGUGGAGUACGAGUUUUUAUGGGUGCAGUUGGAGCUUGUCUUAUAAACAGCUUUAGGAGAAAGACUUUGGCCGCAGCGUCUGGACUUUUGUUAGGAUUCGCGAUGUUAGGUGCAGCGAUAUGUGACAGUUUAAACGGACCUCCUUUAAUGAAGCUAGCUUGUGUUUUACUCCACGUGUCGUUUAGUAUGGUUGGGUUUUUACAGCUCCCUUGGAUUAUGUCUGGAGAGCUAUACCCCCAGGAUAUAAGAGGGGUUAUGUCUGGCGCGACCUCUUGUUGCGCUUAUGUCUUGAUAUUCUUUAACAUUAAAACUUAUCCCCAAUUAGAAUAUUUAUUGACAAGCAAUGGUACUUUAUACCUCUUUGCUAUCUGCGCAAUUAUAGGAGCAGCGUACUGCUACCUGUUCCUACCGGAGACUAAAGGCAAGACUUUGAAUGAAAUAAUGAGACAGUUUGAUGAGGAAAAGAAAGAUGGCGAUCCAGAAGUCGGAUACGUAAAGAAAGUUCUAGAAGGGAAACCGGUACAAAGAAGGCACAGUGCUGGGGCCUCAAUAUCUUUGGAAAAGAGUAAAGAGUUAGAUAAAGAAUGGAUGCAAAACACUUGCGAGAAACAAAGCAAUAGCCAUCGUGAGUAGAAAUUCUAUUUUAUCGAGUGUGAGUUUUCAAGUUAACAAACGUUACUUUGGAGAUGCGAUAGUAAGUCAAAUUUGUUUAUACGUCAGAAAGCCAAGAGUUUUAAUCGUUGCUUAGUUUAUCUUCCAUGGACUCGUACAUUAAACAUCACACGUCCUCGCAUCUAAUGCAUCGCUAAGAUCAUGAUUGUCCUUUUGGAAUCAAUCUUUCUCAUGUGCUUGGAUAUGUAUAAAAAUAUAGAUUAAACAUCUCCUAUGCUACGUUUGUUAUACUUACACAUAAGCCACUGAUGGUUAAGUAGGUCCUAACGAAAUUUUGGUCUUUUGUGAAGUGGAACUGUCUGCUCAACUAAUUUAGAACGUGGCAUACUUAUAACACGCCACGCGAUACAGCGUAUUGAGUCAUCGUUAAUUUUGUUAGUGAUUGAACUCAUAACACUUUUACUCCAUUUACGUAUUUCAGUCAAUAGGAAUAGACUUUUGUUAGUAUAAAAGUUUUAUGCAAACUCUUUAAAGCAGUGAAAACAGUAUUACGGUCGUGAUUGCGAUUUGUGACUUUAUUUAUUUCUUACGCAGUAAAAAUUGAUAUGGCGAUAUAAACGACGUGCUACAUUAAAAUUCAGAUUAUCAAAAGUCGCGUAGUAUGGCCGCGACUAGCGUGUUAUAAGUAUGUCUCCAGGCUUAUGUUUCAUUGGAAUGCGGAGCGUCGAAUUUAUAUGGUGAUUUCUACUUGCUUUUAAAAAUGUAAUAAUGUUAAGUGUGAUUUUUUACCAAUUAAGUAAAAGCCUGCAUUAGAGAUAACCACUCUUAAUAUAGGUUUUGUACGCUCGCUGUAGUAUCGUUUUCGAGUAACGAAACUGUCAUUUCAGAGUAAAAAGGAACUUAAUGUUAACGUUAUAAAAUUCAAAUUCUAACGCACUCGAGUGGAGCGUGCCAUUAUAUCAACCCUUUAUCGGCCACUACAGGGCACGGGUCUCCUUCCACAAUGAGAAGGUGUUAAGGCCCUACUACUAAGCUAUACGGCCGCCAUUAGUUCUCUACAUUCAUCUUUGUGUUUCUAUUCUUGUUUUAUUUCUCUAACUUUGUAGUUGUUUACAAAAAAGAUUCUAACUAAAUAUAUUUGCGACUCUAUAAACAGUAACAUUAAGUUAAUUUUACUUCGACGUUGCUGUUUUUCGAUACGUAUGCUUCUUUACUAAGGGUUUAUAUAGGUUUAUAUGUUAGGUUAUACAAAAUAUUUAAUGUGAUCAGUAUUAUAGGUAAUGAGUGACUAUUGAGUUAAGUAUAAUAGUGUUAGUAAGUGAUACAUUCCAUUGUGAUAGUUUUAGUGCGUAUACGAGGUUAAUAAUAAAUAAUUAAUUUUAA